ACAAGUUGCUGUUCGAACUAGACCAUUGAAUCAACGAGAAAUUGAUCUGAAAUCUCCAACUAUUGUGACGAUACAAAAUUCACAAGUUUUCGUGGAGAAACCUCAAGACAAACAUCAUACGCCAAAAACAUUUUCAUAUGAUUUUUGUUUUAAUUCAAUACAUUCAGAUAGCUCAAAUUAUGCCAGUCAAGAAAUGAUAUUUGAAAAACUUGGUGUAGAAAUUGUUAAACAUGCAUUUGAAGGAUAUAAUGCUUGCAUAUUUGCAUAUGGUCAAACAGGUUCAGGCAAGUCAUACACUAUGAUGGGUUCACAUAAUGAUCGAGGAAUAAUACCACGUUUAUGUCAAUUAAUGUUCGAUCAAAUAGAAAAUAAAAUAAAAGAAGAAAUCAAUCAAGAUAUAAAUAUUGAAUCAAUUAAUAAUGAAAAAAUUAAUGAUAUCUUAUCAUUAAAAUUUUCAUCCUCUUAUCGUGUAGAAGUUUCAUAUUUUGAAAUUUAUAAUGAAAAAGUACGAGAUCUACUUAAUCCAAAUAAUAAUCAUCAUGCAUUAAAAGUACGAGAGAAUAAAAUUCUUGGACCCUACGUUGAUGGACUUUCACAACUUGUUGUUACAUCAUAUCAGGAAAUUGAAACUCUAUUAAUCGAAGGUAAUAAUUAUCGAACAGUAGCAUCAACAAAUAUGAAUAAUGAAAGUUCAAGAUCACAUGCUGUAUUUACUCUGAAAUUAACUCAAACAUUAUCAACUGACGCAUCUGAAACUCAAAGUGUCAAAGUAAGCAAAAUAAGUCUAGUUGAUUUAGCUGGAUCUGAACGUGCAUCGAAAAGUGGUGUUCAAGUAGAACAAGCUCGUUUUCGAGAAGGAUGCAAUAUAAACAAAUCUCUUUCAACACUCGGUCUUGUAAUCUCAGCGUUAGCUACACGUCAAUCGAAUGAAAAUAGUUUAAAAUCAACAAAAAAGACAUUUGUUCCAUAUCGAGAUUCAGUAUUAACUUGGUUAUUAAAAGAUAGUUUAGGUGGAAAUUCUUUUACUAUAAUGUUAGCAACAAUAUCUCCAGCCUAUGAUAAUUAUGAAGAAACAAUUUCAACAUUACGUUAUGCUGAUCAAGCAAAGAAAAUUGUUAAUCAUGCUGUUAUUAAUGAAGAUGAACCCGGAACAAUAAUUCGAGAGCUAAGAGAUGAAAUUGAUAAAUUACGAAAAGAAUUAGCGGAUGCUAAAGCAGAAAAAUCAGCUGAAAAACUUAAUGCUGAAAUAAAAGAAAAUGAAAAAUUAAUGCAAACAAUAUCCAAAGAUUGGCAAGAACGUAUUGCUGAAACAGAUAAAAUAAGCAAAGAACGUCAUGAAUUACUUGAAAAAAGUGGUAUUUCUGUUUGUAGUUCUGGUAUUGGUUUAGAAAAAGAUCGAUUAUAUCUAGUCAAUUUAAAUCCUGAUCCAGCAUUAAAUGAAUUAUUAGUUUAUUAUUUAAAAACAAAAACAAGAAUUGGUAGACCAGAUGCACCGAUUAAACAAGAUAUUGAACUAAUCGGAGUUGGUAUUUCACCAGAACAUUGUAUUAUUGAAAUGAAAAAUCAAAACCAAAUAUUUUUAAUACCUUUAAAUAAACAGAAAACAUAUGUCAACGGUCAAUCAAUUGAUGAUGAAACACAAUUGAGACAUGGUGACCGACUUCUACUUGGUUGUUCGCAUUUCUUUCGUUUAAAUUCACCCGGAGAUAGAGCUUCAACAAAUAAUAAUAACAAUACGGUUAUAUCAUCAAUCAUGAAUACUUCAUCACAUUUAACAUUUAUUGAUGCUCAGAAUGAAUUUUUACUCAAUCAAUUAGCUACGGAUCCAAUGACAAAAGAUUUAAGAUUAUUUUUAAAACAAGAUGACAAUAAUCAAGAAACAAAUCGAAUUAUUGCAAAUAAAACUUCCGAUGUUUACGAAAGAGAAAUUGAGUAUCUUAAAACACAAUUAAUGCGUAGUGAUAGUCGUUCAACAACAAUAAAUUCUAAAAAUCGUGCUUUUGAAGAUUCACUUUCGAAAUGGCGUUUUUCAAAUAAACUUCUCACUGAAUCUGAAGAAAGUCGAGCAUAUUUUCAUCGUCUUAAACAAGAAUUAAUACGUGUUAAUGCUCUUGUAUCUGAAGCAAAUACAAUUGCAAGUGAAAUGCAACGACAAACAACAUACAGUGCAAUGUUACAAAUCCCCGUUUCAUAUUUAAAACCAAGUCAACGUGCUACAACAAAUCUAUGUGAACCAGCUGUUCAAGUUAAAAGACGAAAUCUCUCGCCACAAAUAUGGAAUAUUGAAAAAUUUGAAUCGAAAUUAAAUGAUAUGAGAGAUGUUUAUUAUGAAUGGCAAAUGUCAGAAAAUAAAUCAUUAUUAAUCAUACAACAACAAAAACGAAAUGAUCCAUUUUUUGAUGUUGAAGAAUAUAAUAGUUUAAUUGGUGUUGCAAAUAUUUUUUUAAAAGCUUUAUUUUAUGAUUCAAAACUCGAUUAUCUUGUACCGAUUAUAAAUACACAGGGAGAGAUAUCUGGUUCACUGCAUGUUGUUCUUGUACAAGUGGGUACAUCUUCAAUGAAAAAAUUAAGUGAUUUUCAACCAAAUAAUAAACCACGUGCUAGUAUUAGUGAAGGUAUAAGUAUUGAAACUGAGGAACGUAGUUUAAGUGAACAUAGUAACAGUCAAAAUAGUUUGGAUGAUGAAAGUAAUGAUGAUAUAAUUGGAACGUCGAAUGAUAAAACUAAUCAAAUUACAGUUAGAUUUGCUAUAAAAGAAGUUCGAGAUUUACCUCAAUGUGAUGGUGAUAGAGUCAUGUGUCGAUAUACAUUUAUAAAUCAGAAAGAAGAUCAAAAAAUUCUAUCAAUACAACCAACAUCAAAUGAUGAUGAUACUGAAGAACAAGUUGGUAAAAAACCACGUACAUUUUCAUUUAAUCAUGAAAAAGAAUAUACAUUUACAAUGACUGAUAAUUUUAUCGCAACAUGUCUUGAAAGUGCUGUAUCAAUUGAAGUUUGGUAUCAUUAUAGUACAAUACCAUUAUCAAUAAAUACAAAUGCGAAUAAUGAACGUACCCGACGUGAUGCAGAAAUUCGAGCUUUAAGUAAUCGAUGGAAAGAAGUUAAACGACAUAUACAAUAUGCUGUUGAAAUUCAUGAAUUGGAUGCUUCGGGACGAUGGGAACCAGUUGAAGUUGAUGCUCAACAACCGCAAAUUAUUAGUGGAGGAGUUUAUCGAUUACGACAAGGUCAAUCAAAACGUUUAGUAGCACGAUUACGUGUUAUACCUCAAUCAGGUACAAUGCCGCUUGUUCUUCAUGCUAUACGAUCUGUUGAAAUUGGUUCAAUAAAUACAAGAAAAAUAAAUGCACCAAAACAAUUAGAUUCAUAUCAAGAUGAAGAAUUACAACGUUUACGACGUGAAUGGCUUGAUUUAAUUGAAAAACGUAAAGUUUAUCUUGAAUCUGAAAUUAAAAUGUUAAGUCAACAAACAAAUAAAACACCAAAUGAUCUUGAAAGAGAAACAGCUUUACUUGAACAACUUGUUCGUUUAGCUGAAGAAAGAAAUUUUUCAGAAUUGCCACCACCUGGAAGUGGAAUACCUGGUUCACCACCAUGUUGGACACCACCAGCUACAAUUGAAGAACAUCGUCCACUGAUAUUUCUUGAUUUAGAUCCUGUUAAUAUGAAUACAGAUAAUGAUACAGCUGGUCUUAAAGCAACAUUGAAUGAAGAAAAUAAAAAUGAUAUGUUUAGAUUACCAUUACUUCAUCAUGCAUCGGAUGAGGUUCGUGCUGUUGCUCAAUGGGAUCCAUCAAUACAUGAAGCACAUGAAAUGAAUCGUGUUACACCAAAUAAUACAAUUAUUUAUAUGAUUGUUAAAAUAAUUGUAUUAAUAUCUCAACCUGUUCGAAUGGAACUUGUCUUACGUAAACGUAUUGCAACAACUAUUGGAAAAACUGAAGGAUGGUGGUCAGGCAAAGCAAUGAAAUAUCUACUUGGUUAUAAACCAUAUAAACGAACAAGUGUUGUUUAUGAAAUUGUUUCAAGUAUCCCAAAAUAUAUUCAUGAAAUAGAAGAUAGAAAAAGUCUUGCAUUAGUUGCCGGAUCAGAAUGUCAUACACAAAAUUAUAUAGAAAAAUAUAUUCAAUAUGCAUCCGCUGUUGAUUCUCUUCUUUUACUCGAUCAACUCAGACAAGAAGUGUCAUUAACCGAAAAUUCUUCAAAACAACAAACGAUUCGAAAAGCAACAAGUGUACCUAAUAUUGCUAAUCAACAAGGAAAUACUACUCUAUCAAUUGCACCAGUUAAUUCUCGUCGAGAAAUUGAUGAUGAACAACAAUCUCCAUUAAAAAAAUCUCCUUCAAUUCAAGGUGAAUCUUCAACUCGUUCAAAUCCAUUUUUUGAUGAUAAAAAUACUGCUAAAUCAUCUUUUCUCUAUCCACAUACUCAUAAUGAUUCAACGCCAACACAAAUUAAAACAAUUAAUACACCAUUUUCAGCAUUUAGUCGAUCAGAUCUUAAUGUAUCAACUCCAAUGUCAACGCGUAUUGAAAAUAUAAAACUGAAUGAAACUCCACAUUCUUAUUUUGAAUCAACUACACCAAGUAUGUUAUCACGUUCAUUAUUUAUUGAACAAGAACAAUUAGAACCCGUUAAAACAUCAACUAUUCGAAUACGAAAUGCAUUUGAUAUUGAUGAUCAUGAAAAUCAAACGAAUAAAAAAGAAGAUGAUGAUCAAGCAUUAUCUAUAAGUACACUUGAAGAAAAAUAUUCUGUACCAGUAACUUCACGACCUAUUCAACCAUCAACUACUGAACAAUCAAGUCAACCGUCAACUACUGAACAACCUAUUCAACUAUCAACUACUGAACAACCAAUUCUAUCAUCAACUACUGAACAACCCACAAUAAAAGUUGUUGAUAUUAAUGAUGAAGAAUAUCCAAUUGAUUCACGAGUUAUUGUUAAUACUGAUCAUCAUAUAUUCAAUAAAUUAGGUACAGUUCGUUUUGUUGGAAAAACAAGUAUUAAAGAAGGUAUUUGGUAUGGUAUUGAACUUGAAGAAGCAGUUGGCAAACAUGAUGGUUCAAUUAAGGGACAUGUGUAUUUUCGAUGUCCAGAUAAACAUGGUAUUUUUGUUCGUCGUGAUAAAAUUCGACGAAAGACUUGA